CGGAACCGGGAUCGGGACCGGGAUCGGGAUCGGGACUGGCACCGGGAGCGGAGCCGGGACCGGAAUCGGCACCGGGAUCUGAGCCGGGGUAUCCCCGCCGCCCUCAGCCCGGCCCCGGGACCGGCAGGAGCCGCACGGUGCUCUUUCCCACAGGAUUUUUGGGGCUGAGCCAUUCCCGACGCUGCGUUCUGGAUCCAAACGGGGCUUGUGGGCUGCAGCUCUUUUGAAGGCUUUGCUCUGUCACAAGAGCUGCACAGCAGAUCCUGCCUGCCUGCCCCUGCUCAGGGCCAGGGAUCAGAGCUGGGCACCACGGCCCCCAGGACAUGCAGGCACUGAACUGGGGAGGCUCCAAAAGAGGCUGAAAUCCCUCAGGUUUCCAAAACUGGAAGGAGAAUUCCCCUGGCACCGGUGACCUCCUGAGGCAGUUCCUGGGUGUGGGAUGGAGCUGUGGAGCAGGGCAGACCCCCAGCUCCGAGAGGUCGUGUGGUUCUCCCUGCGCUGCCGGGCCCUGGCGCUGCUGCUGCAGGCCGUGUUUAACCUGCUGAUCCCGGACCACGCCGCCGACGCCUUCUCGCCGCCGCGGUCCGGCCCGCGGGGCCCGUGGGACGCGCUGGUGGAGCGGCUGCUGGGCGGGCUGGGCCGCUGGGACGCCGAGCAUUUCCUGUUCAUCGCCGAGCGCGGCUACCUGCUGGAGCACAACUGCGCCUUCCUGCCGCUCUUCCCGCUGGGGCUGCGGCUGCUGGCCGGGCUGCUGCCGUGGCCGGUGCAGCUGCAGCCCCGCAGCCGGCUGCUGCUGGCGGCCGCGCUGCUGAACGCGCUGCUGUCGGCGCUGGCGGCCGCGGCGCUGCUGGCGCUGGGCCGGGCCGUGCUGCGCCGGCCCCGCCAGGCCUUCGUGGCCGCGCUGCUCUUCUCCGUCAGCCCGGCCGGCGUGUUCAUGGCCGCGGCCUACUCGGAGAGCGCCUUCGCCCUGCUGGCCUUCGGCGCCAUGUGGCAGCUGGAGAAGGGGCACGGCUGGCUCAGCGGGCUGCUCUUCGGCCUGGCGGCCGGGGCGCGGGCCAACGGGCUGCUCAACGCCGGCUUCUUCCUCUACUCGCGCGGCAGGCGCUUGGCGCUGCAGCUGCAGGGCACAGCGGCGGCCCCGAGCCAGCUGCCCUUGCUGUGGAAGCCAGUCCUCGGCCUGGUGUCUUCGGCAGUGCUGGUGUGUGCCGCGGUUUCCCUGCCUUUUGCCGCGUUUCAGUACUACGCCUACGUGAGGUUCUGCGAGCCUGGCCCGGGCCUGGGCCAGAGCGUUCCCGAGCCGCUGCUGCAGCUGGCACGGGACAAGGGCUAUCGGGUGGCAGGCGUGGGUGCAGCCAAACCCCCUUGGUGCUCCCAGCGCUUCCCUCUGGUCUAUGCCUACAUCCAAGACACUUACUGGAACGUGGGCUUUCUGAGGUACUUUGAGCUCAGACAGAUCCCAAAUUUCCUGCUCGCUCUGCCCGUCACCCUUCUGGGCUCAUGGGCUGCCUGGACCUACGUCAGCACAAACCCCCGGCACUGCCUGACUCUGGGUCUAGAGAGGAGCAAGGGUGAAGAGAGGGGAAAGGCAAGAGAUGGAUUUUGUGGCCCCGCUGCCUUCGUGUACAUGGUCCACAGCACGGCCCUGCUGGUGUUCGGGUUCUUCUGCAUGCACGUGCAGGUGCUGACCCGGUUCCUUGGCUCCUCCUCUCCCAUCCUGUACUGGUUCCCAGCUCACCUGCUUCAGGAACACGAACCUUUACUCUGGAGCACAGGGACUGACAAUCCAACCUCUGGGGAGCCUGUUCCGGGUAAAUCUCACCGUUCCUGUGGGAAAAGGACCUCGGACAACCCCGUUGUGAGGCUGCUGCUGAACUGGCGAUCGAUUACCCCCCUCAGCAAGAGCAUCCUGGGCUUCUUCCUGGGCUACUGGCUGCUGGGGCUGAUCCUGCACUGCAACUUCUUCCCGUGGACGUAGCGGGCUGCGCUGGCACAGGCCAGCAGCGGGGCAGGAGCUCUGCUCAGAGCUGAAACUCACCGCUCUGGAAGCCUGAGGUGGCUGCAGUUACAAAGGUGUUACUCCUCCGUUGCCAUGUCCCGGGCAGGAUGUUCUCUGAGGUGUGAUGCUGCAGCAUCCCGCCCCGCUCAGCUGGCAUUGCUGACGGCCGAAAUUCCCAUCACCCGCCUGGGAUGGGGUACGCAGCUGGGCUCCUGCAUCUCCUGGGGGAGAUUACGGCAGGCACGGAUUUGUGGCAGGAUGCUGUGCUGGAUUUGGGGUUCCCUGGGAUGUGCUGUGGGCACGGAGGGUCCAGCGCCCUGAGCCGUUCCCACUGUUCCGGUUCCUUUUCCACGGUCCCUGUUCCAGGUUCCGAGCCAGGCUGGGCAGGGAGCACGGCGGGGGUGGCGGGCGCUACGUGGGCACAUGCACGACCCUAAUAAACACGUGAAAGUUACCGGA